AUGACGGAGGAAGAGGUAGCGAUGGAGAUGGAAGCUGUAGAAGCAGUUUACGGCGAAGACUGCGUCGUAUUGGAAUCAUUUCCUCCUCAUCUUCACCUCCACAUCAAGCCUCGUACCGCCGAGAUCUCUUCUCAACAGUUUGUGGAAGCGGUUGUGAGAAUACAGGCAGGUUCUAAGUAUCCAGAUGAAGCGCCUCAAAUUAGUCUGAUUGAAUCCAAGGGUCUUGAUGUGCAAAGGCAAAAGCAAUUGAUGGGCUUAGUUCAGGAGAAAGCGUCUGAAUUAUCAUCUUCUCUAAUGCUAGUAGCACUUUGUGAGGAAGCAGUUGAGAGGCUCACGAUUAUGAAUCAUCCGGAUGGAGAUUGUCCACUGUGUUUGUAUCCGUUAUUCCCUGAGGAUGUCGGGAGCAAACAAAUGCCAUUUAUGAAGCUGAUGUCUUGCUUUCAUUGUUUCCACUGUGAGUGCAUCAUUAGGUGGUGGAAUUGGCUUCACACUAGUCAGAAAGAAGCUGACUCAAAAUCAGGGGACGCUAAACAUCUGCGCAGAGAAACGAGUGAUGAAGAAGGUAGUUCUGGACCAGAAGAUAAAAGCUUGGGAAACUGUCCAGUGUGCCGCAAAGUGUUUCAUGCGAGUGAUAUUGAACAUGUUCUCGACUUAGUCGGUGCUCAGUCAUCUCAAGAGGGUUCUGGUUUGAUACAAGGUGAGGACGAAGACCCGCUGCUCCAGUCAGAUUCAGAGAAGAUGAGAAGACAGCGGUUUGAGUCUAUUCUAAAGACGCAGGAAGAAAAAAGUGGGCUGGUUCAACCGAAGAAAAACAUAUCCGUUGUGCCCGGUAUGUAUCUUCCUCCACCAGCUCCUCUUCCAUCAUCGUCGUCAAACGAGGAAGAAGCCGAUCAAAGUCAACAACAAGGAGAAGUAGAAGAACCUAAAGAAGCUGAAUCAGAGACAAACUCUAGCAUCUACACUAACAGGAGGGGAAGAGGGAGAGGCCGAGGCCGAGGGAGAGGACAUAAUAAUGUCAACAGACGGAAGCAGAAUUCGCAAGAUCCAAGAAAACCGACGCAGCAGUGGGUGCAGAGAAGUUAA